AAGAAACUUAGAUAUUGAAAGGCCAACUUACACCAACCUGAACCGCCUCAUCAGUCAGAUAGUGUCCUCUAUCACUGCCUCCCUUCGCUUUGAUGGUGCCCUGAAUGUUGAUCUGACCGAGUUCCAGACCAACUUGGUGCCAUAUCCCCGUAUCCAUUUCCCCUUGGCCACUUAUGCACCAGUUAUCUCUGCUGAGAAGGCAUACCAUGAGCAGCUUUCAGUGUCUGAUAACCAAUGCAUGUUUUGAGCCAGCCAACCAGAUGGUCAAAUGUGACCCUCGCCAUGGCAAGUACAUGGCCUGCUGUCUCCUUUACCGUGGUGACGUAGUGCCAAAAGAUGUCAAUGCUGCUAUUGCUACUAUUAAAACUAAACGUACCAUCCAGUUUGUGGAUUGGUGUCCCACUGGUUUUAAGGUUGGUAUUAACUACCAGCCUCCUACUGUGGUUCCUGGAGGUGACUUGGCCAAGGUUCAGCGGGCUGUAUGUAUGUUGAGCAACACCACAGCCAUUGCUGAAGCUUGGGCUCGCCUGGACCACAAGUUUGACCUGAUGUACGCCAAGCGUGCCUUUGUUCACUGGUAUGUUGGUGAGGGUAUGGAGGAAGGAGAGUUCUCGGAAGCCCGUGAGGAUGUGGCCGCCUUAGAGAAGGAUUACGAGGAAGUUGGUGUUGACUCUAUCGAAGGGGAAGGAGAGGAGGAAGGGGAAGAAUAUUAAGCUUGAAUUACUAUCCCACUCACAAAUGCAUAUUGUGGUGUGAGCUCCAGCCUCAGUUAAUAUUGGUGUUUUUUAAGGGUACCUUUUAGUACAUUGUAGCAUAUGUAGCUGUCUUUACAGUGAUCUCUGGUCUGAUUAUGUCUGUUUGUCUAUGCAUAAUCUUUUGUCUGAUGCAAUAAAGGAGCUUAUUGGUCUCAA